UGUCCACGGUAUAACUUAGGUGACAGUGAUUUAACGACAGUAUUCAUCAUCUUUCUCCACUUAUUGAUUCAAGUACAUGUACGAUGACCGUCCAGGUGGCGCUGUGCAUGACGCUGAUUUAGUGCGUAGUGACAGUGGCCAUGUGAUCAGUCAGGGAGGAACAACUUGGUCAACAUGAGGUAUCAAAAGAUCCUGCUCUUCGUUUACUUAAUGGAGUCUUAUGUUGUAUCUGCGACGCCUGGACACAUGAUUAGAACAGUGGUGGAGGCUCUGGGGGUACGCCAGGUGUUGCUUCUUAUCCCCAGUGAUCACCUGUUAACACCUGCCCUCCAUCACACAGCUCAAGAAAUGAUGAUCCGUUCCCUGUGGACUCGUGGCAUACUGACCAGUGUGUCCAGCCUCCCGACCUACCGCACCUGUAACUCAGCCCACGACACAAACAACUCCCGCUCCUUCUCCUCCUGGCUCACACCCCGAGACGGACACAUGGUGGAGAACUCAACACGUCACCGCCCUGUUACUGCUGACGGGGGCGUUGAAGGUGUCUUGCUACAACGUAACAAGGUCACCGAUGAGAGCAUGACAGUGAAAAUACCAGAGAAAAUAGCUGAAGUUCUAGAGGCAAUGGGGAGAGCUGCCGUCCUCCUGAUGGGAGACGUGGCCUGGGUCACCCAUGUGGCCAUACUAAUGAACCAAAAAAUGCUCCUUAGUCCAAACAAUAUACUUCUGUUACACCCUACGUCUGGCAGCAUACCUGAAAAGUCAUUGGUGCCACAUUUACGUCUUGCUGCUAAACUUCUCGUGCUGGAGUGGCAUCUUCCAGCACCAUCUCUGGGAAAAUCAUCGGAGACUGACAGAGGCUCGUGCUUAGCCCCGGUAAAGCAAGCUCGUCUGCUGCCUGGCGGGACCUACACGCUUAAGACGGCGGGUUGUUGGUACAGUAACAAUCGCGGCCUGGUGCUUCAUGAUUCUCUCUUACUUGCCGUAGAUACACUGCACGGCGCUGUCAUUACGGUGGUCAUCGUGAAGAACUUCAUCGAGGCAGUACGUGUGGGGCCCCAGGGACAGUUUCUGGUGGGUUACCUCGGUAAAGUGGUCAAUGCUCUGGCCACGAGUCUAGGUUUUCGUUUCAUCAUUAUGGACGGUUCCAGCUUCGGCUCUAAGACCAUCAAUGGCUCAUAUGAUGGCGUUGUUGGACACAUUGAAAGAAAGGAGGGAGACUUAGGCCUCGCCUCGCUCAGCAUCAACUACAACCGUUACCAGGCCAUAGACUACACCUCGUGGCUGGAGUACCACCCAACGCUGUUCCUGACGAGGGGACCCAGGUACCUCAAGGAUCCUCUGGGUGUGUUUAAGCUUUACACCUGGCAGGCCUGGAGUGCAAUCGCAGCGUUCCUUAUAUUCUCAGCCUCGUUUUUGUGGCUCUUCUGGUCGUGUGGGCCCUCCAGUGGAUACAGGUUAUGCCCAAGUGUCUCACAAGGCCAAGGAGAGGAAACACUGUCCUCACAAUAUGAAAACAGACAACAUAUGGAAGAUGAGACGGUAUCCUUUUUCUCCGUGCUGACUACUAUUCUGAAGGCUAUCGUCUUCCAAGGGUCGUGUCAUCCGCCGCGGAGCUCAACUGGGCGGUUGGUGUAUGUGUGUAUGUGGAUGGUGGUGAUCAUUGUGUUCGGGGUGUACAGCGGCAAUCUUACGGCCUUCCUCUCCCUGCCUGUGUUGAGUAUGCCGCCCACCACCAUCCGUCAGCUCGUCAUCAGGGACUGGACCAUUAAGCUGGACAAAGCCUACGGGAGCCAUGAUCUCGUUAAGGGGACGAAGACUGGGGACUACCAGACACUGUACAGGCGAGCCGAGGAACGGGGAACCAUCCUGGAGAACGUAGGAGCCACCAGCACCAGUAAGACCAAUCUUGAUGAACUCCUGCAGAUGGAUAUCGCCAUUGUCAUGGGAGUAACUGGCGCGUACUACAUGAUGAACGUCAACCAGGGGCCAGACAAGAGGUGCAUUCUCGCCUCCAGUCAAGAAGCCAUGGCCAAGGAGUACGCCGCUCUCGCUGUCCCUAAAAGGUCACUCCUUAAACCGAUAUUUGACAACAAGUUGAGGUGGAUGCGCCAAAUGGGAGUCAUUCACAAAUAUUACGAAGAUUCAUUUGGAGUGAAGUGUCAUCGGGAAAAAACAACUUCCUCUGAACCUGCUGCCAUGACUCUCAAUCAGCUUCUGGGUGUCUUCUAUGUGUGGACUGGGGGCGUGGCCGUCUCCUGCUGCAUAUUCCUGUGUGAGCUGUGUUUUGGCGGGAAGAUGAAAGGCACUAACUAGGAUAUCAUCAAGCGUCACUGCACCACCCACUGACUUGACUCGCGCCUUUGAGGAAUUAAAAACAAAAACACCUCCGUCUUUACUCCCUCUACAAACAAACAGACAACGACCCUAUGAAAUGCUGUGUUAAUUCUACUAAGAGAUAAUAAAUUACUGUUAUCUAUAUCAUAAACUAUCUACCGUGUAUCUACUGCAGUGAUGAUGAAUUUAUAAUUACAUUUUCAUCAGUAAUGUCAGCAAAAGAAUUGUUUCAACUUGUAUGUUCGCUGCACAUUGUCUCUGAGUCCUGCAUCAUAAUAAUAUCCAGUACAUAAGCUCAUAGUCUGUGCUACACUUCGAGAGAUUCUUGUUCAUAUCUUAAUGUUGUGUCUGGAUGUUCACCUCUGAUGUGUUCGUUGUUGUCUUGUUAACAGAACCAAGAGGAUGUUUCUCCAUUUAACGCCAGUAUUCAGAUUGGAUUAAAGCUUAAGUGAUGGAAAACUAAUUUUAUAGAUUAUGAUUGAACAUGAAAUCGACAUAAAACAAUAGACAACUCUGGCUGCUGUAGACAAUUGAAGGUUGUUUUACCAGGCCUUUAAGAAUUUUUAUUAUUAUUUACACGUUUCUGUCCCUAAAACUUCUGGAAAAUAUUUACACAGAGAGAAGUCACAAUAGGAACAAUGACAAUACACGCAUCAAGAAUUAAAUGUAUGUAAUAAUUAAUGAAAACUAUUAAAAUUAUUUUGUGUUUUGUUCACCACUUAAUUAUUCUCACGGUAUUAGGUCAUUAAAUAAACUCAUAAAUCCAAA